GUAUAUACGUCUGACGCAUGUUGUAUAAAUGCCUGUUUUCUGACGUCAGCGGCCUCUUCCCUGCCUAUGCCCUCGUGAGGUGGGCAGUGUAAAGUUUCCUGUCUCUUUUUUCGACGAAGCGAAUCCAAAACCAUCCGUCAAAAUGGUGAGUUUUCCCGUGUUUUAAUUAUUAUCAAUGUGUAGUCCGAUAGAAAGGGUGCUGCUAAUGUUAACGUUAACCUACUUCUCGAAAGUAUUGGACAGAUGUUUGAUACAUAACACUAUGGAUUGUGCUUUGAUCAAAAUGGCAGCCAUUAUGUCAUCUAUACCGGCAGCCUAACGGGGCCACUGGUGCCGCAAAAAACACGAAAUUCCAUUAAAAAUUUGAUUUAUGAAUAGCAGUUAUUUCUGACAGUAAUGGAUAAUAUGAGGGUAUAUUCCUCUGCAAAGGCCGCAGUGGUUAACAGUAGGUUACUCUAAGGUUUCCAGUUGAUAGCAGCGCUUACUUUUCACUGGCGGUUUUUCUCUCAAUGUCCUACUGCUCCAGGACUCUCUUGCUCGAUUUCGAUGGAGAAGGAUAGCAUAAAGAAAUGUUGGUUUUUAGUGUACUUCAGUCCUGAUAUGGGGCACACCCAAGUUUCACUGGGGUUGUCACCGAUUGGAGGAGUGAUUUGCCGGCAAUCAGCAGUACCGGCGCGGCCGGGUGGUUAGCAUUUAGCAUAGUGUCAAAGUCUGUACACGUGGCCUGUUGGUGCCGACAUGUUAUGCCGGGUGUUGGGUGACUUAAUCUGCUUUAAAGCACAGAUCUUGUCAAAAAUGGUAGAUUCAGACUGUCAUAAAUGUCGUUUGGCAAGAAUAAUAACAAAAACUGUCGCAUCGCCGUUAGAAAUUGAGCUACAUGAAUCGUGAAAUUGUCAGAAACGUCAUUGCAGUGAUCAUGGCGGAUAACCAACACCCCGGUUAGAGUCCAUAACAAAACGCUGUGUUGGAGCAAAUCUUGAUGCAUUUUUGGUGAAUUUCGAGAGAUAUGUAUCUCAAUCAGGACAUUACUGUUAUUUUGAAUGAGUAUAGCAGGUUGACACACUGUAUGUAAACCUCCAAACAGUGCUCGUUUUGGGCGUGUGAGUACAGUGUUUCGUUGCUUUUUGUUCUAAUACCACUGUCUUUCUGUAGGUGAACUUUACCGUCGACCAGAUCCGUACCAUCAUGGACAAAAAGGCCAACAUCCGUAACAUGUCUGUGAUUGCGCACGUAGACCACGGAAAGUCAACAUUGACGGACUCGCUUGUGUCAAAGGCUGGCAUCAUCGCCUCUGCUCGCGCAGGAGAAACCCGCUUCACAGACACACGCAAAGAUGAACAGGAACGUUGUAUCACCAUCAAGUCUACGUGAGUACCACAUCCUUUCCACCCUUCCUAAUAAGAGAGCUGCGCAGUUGUUGAGUUUAGGUGAUGCAAGUUUCCUUCAUUUGUGUGUCACUUUUAAGCAAGGGCCAAAAUCUGGAUUUAAAUCUAACCUGAGGGCCCAACAGGGUCAACAUUUAACCCAAACUGUCAGCCUCCUUUUCAAAAUAAAUAACAAUAUCAGCAAUAUCAAUAUCAUUUUUUCCCCACAUUCUUGACUAUUUAUCAAAUCUUCCUUACUUCUUACUUUCCCAGAUUUUCAUGGUUUGUUCAGGAUAUUUUAAAUAGUAGUGUUAAAGUUUACAUUAUAAUUCUGGGGGAAAUCUGCAGACCUCAUACUGGCGGGCCAAUACUAAUACAAAUAUGAUUUGAUCUCGUGGACCGGAUAUAAUUGUUCCACGGGCCUUGAGUUUGACACCUGUGCUUUAAAGCAAGUGUGAUGGAGUGAUUGCUUGAAAUACUGUUUUUUAAUGUUAUUUUUGUUAUUGAAUUUUGUCUAAAAUUGUUUUGUAAAGGCUUGUCUCUUACCCAGCCUAACCAGACCUUGACUUAACAUUGCGCAUUAGUUACAUCAUAGUCAGGAACUGUUAGGUGUUGGUUGUUUUCCUUUUCUUUUGUUCUCUUACAGGUAGGUAACAAAAUGUUCUCAAAGAGAAAGCUAUGUUAGUAUUUCCACCUGAACUGGGGAAGCAGUAAUGUUAUUGACAUUUGGGUGUAUGCUUUUUGAUAUUUCUUAAACCGACAGUCAGUGGGUGUGAUUUUGUUACAAAGAACCUGUUAAGUGACACCUGUAUUUUCACAUUCAUAUUGGUUGCAGCGCCAUUUCCCUUUUCUACGAGCUGAGUGAGAAUGACAUGGCUUUCAUCAAGCAGUCUAAGGAUGGCGUUGGCUUUUUGAUCAACCUGAUCGACUCACCAGGGCACGUUGACUUCUCUUCUGAGGUGACAGCUGCCCUCCGUGUCACUGAUGGAGCCCUGGUUGUUGUGGACUGUGUGUCUGGUAGGGACAGUGCUGAAUAUUCUUCAUUUUAUGCAAGGUUUCUACUUUGAUGCCCAAUUUGUCAUUUUAGUUUUAAGCAUUUAGGGGUGGGAAAAAGCAGUCAUGCUCCAGUGCAAAUCUGUGGAAAACUUACAAAGCUAGCCUUUUUUAUUUUUUUAAUCAGACACAUAAAAAGGACUGUAACCAAAGUAACAGCAGUGCCAUCAGUUGUUGCAAAGUAUUCAUACAGACAAGUAAACUCUUAAGACUGUUAAAUGUACUCAUAGGCCGUUUCCAAGUGAUUGUGCUGAAAAUAUAGAAAAUGAAAGGGUGUGCCCUUGUGCCACUAUGCUAUGGUAACCUUAGAAAUAAUUGAUUACAGGUGAAAAAAAUAUAUACUGCCCCUGUAAAUUAUUUCAGGAAUUGCGUUUUCAAAUUGGGUGUUGCAGUUUAAAAUUCUUUGCUUUGGGUUAAAUCGUCUAAUUGUGUGUCCCUACCAGGUGUUUGCGUGCAAACUGAGACAGUGCUCCGUCAGGCCAUCGGUGAGCGUAUCAAGCCAGUCCUGAUGAUGAACAAGAUGGACCGUGCCCUGCUCGAGUUGCAGCUGGAACCUGAAGAUCUUUACCAGACAUUCCAGCGUAUUGUUGAGUCAGUCAACGUCAUCAUCUCAACCUACGGAGAGGACGAAAAUGGACCCAUGGGUCACAUCAUGGUAAUUGUCUGAACUUACAAGUACAACAUAUUUGCCUUAUUGUGUCUCGGUGCCUGCUACAAGAGGACACGCACAUCACAGACUGUAGUCAAGAUUAUAGUAACUUUAGUCACACCUUUUAUAAACAGAUGGUGUUUCCCUCAUUCACACCUCAUUCUUUGGAUCUUAAUAGGAACAUUUUCGCAUAACUGGGGAAAGUUGUGUUGUGAGAUGCAUCAACAUUGUGUUCUGGUUGCAGGAUUUUUUAUAAAGCAACAAAUCAAAAGUUCUCAUGCUACCUAACACAGGUCUGGAUUGUAAUUUAUGGAACAAGGCUCAAGGGGGUGUGAAGGUGGCUACAAUAACUCACCUCUACAUUGAUCCUUAAUUUAAAUUUCACGUAGGUCAUAUGAUUUUGAGUUCAAACUCAAAAUGUAUCUGUCUUGAUGUGCUCCUGUCAAUUUAAAGAUCGAUCCAGUCAUUGGUACCGUUGGCUUUGGUUCUGGACUCCACGGCUGGGCUUUCACCCUCAAGCAGUUUGCUGAGAUGUACGCAGCCAAGUUUGCUGCCAAAGGCAAGACCCAGUUGUCACCAGAAGAGCACUGCAAGAAGGUGGAGGAUAUGAUGAAGAAGCUGUGGGGAGACAGGUACGUCUCAGGCACAGCUCUAUCAAUGAAGCCCGCUCCAUGUGGGGACAGAAAUGGCUUUAACUGAAAUGCAUCACAUCAUUGGAGGCUCACAGACAGAGUGCUUGAGUUUUUUUGGCAGCUUGUGCUUUGUUGGUAAAUGUCUUCAUUUAUUGUUUGCUUAAAGGUACUUUGACGCUGCCAAUGGAAAGUUCCUCAAGAAUGCUGUGGGCGCUGAUGGCACCAAAUACCCCCGCACCUUUGUUGCCCUUAUCCUGGACCCAAUCUUCAAGGUAACAAAAAUAAAUUUCAAUGAAAUAUCAAAGGACAAAAAACAUUUUCUUGUGAAGAAAUCUUUGUGAGGAAAAAUCUGAGAAAAUUACGCAAUAUGUUCUGUGUGCCUGCAUGUGAUGACUUCAUCAUUCUUCACUUUGACCUGAGUAUCCAGUGAUGACGACUUUCAGCCUGAGCAGAGCACCAUAGUCAACCUUAACACCGUUUGGCCCUCCUUAAUAUCGGAUUAACUUAGUCAAAUGACUUUUUGCUUUAGGUCUUUGAUGCCAUCAUGAACUUCAAGAAAGAGGAGACUGCCAAGCUGAUCCUGAAGCUGGAGAUCAAGUUGGACACUGAUGACAAGGACAAGGAAGGAAAGCCCCUCCUGAAGGCUGUCAUGCGCCGCUGGCUCCCCGCCGGUGAGGCCCUCCUUCAGAUGAUCACCAUCCACCUGCCUUCCCCGGUCACUGCUCAGAAGUACCGCUGUGAGCUGCUCUACGAAGGACCUGGCGAUGAUGAGGCUGCAAUGGGUAUGAAGCUUGUUUAUUUUAACUUUGUUCAUGUAACUUUAGUUUUGCCUUCGGUGACGCUUUUUCAAAGGUUGUAUUCGUAGAUGUUGUUUCACCCACACUCGUAAUCUAAUAUAUGUAAUUGUAUUUUUUAUUUUUUUAACAGGUAUCAAGAACUGUGACCCCAAGGCCCCCUUGAUGAUGUACAUCUCAAAGAUGGUUCCCACCAGUGACAAGGGUCGCUUCUAUGCAUUCGGACGUGUGUUCUCCGGCAGUGUUUCCACUGGGCUGAAGGUGCGCAUUAUGGGACCAAACUUUGUUCCUGGAAAGAAGGAGGACCUGUACUUGAAGCCAAUUCAGAGGUAGGUCUCAUCUUUGCUGGGAAUCUUAGUUUUCACUUCAUUGUAGUGAUUAAUAAUGAAAAGUCUGGUCAUCAGGUACUUGACAUAUCUGAAAUAACUAUAUCCAUUGCUUAUUACCAGGACCAUUUUGAUGAUGGGCCGUUACGUUGAGCCCAUUGAGGAUGUGCCUUGUGGUAACAUUGUGGGUCUGGUUGGAGUGGACCAGUACCUUGUGAAGACUGGGACCAUCACCACCUUCGAGCAGGCACACAACAUGAGGGUGAUGAAGUUCAGCGUCAGCCCUGUGGUGAGAGUUGCUGUGGAGGCCAAAAACCCAGCUGACCUGCCCAAGCUGGUGGAGGGUCUCAAGCGUCUGUCCAAGUCCGAUCCUAUGGUGCAGUGUAUCAUUGAGGAGUCUGGAGAACAUAUCGUAGCUGGAGCUGGAGAGCUGCAUUUGGAGAUCUGCUUGAAGGAUCUGGAGGAGGAUCACGCUUGUAUCCCACUCAAGGUGAUUUUGCAAAACUGAAAACUUGGUUGUCCCUGAAAAAAAUUCCUCCUCUGGCUUUACUCAAGGUAGAGAAAGUUGAAGUGUCUUUUUGACGAAAAUCCCUGUAAAGUAACAUUUCAUCAACGCUUUUUGUCUUUUUUUUUUUUUAUUUAUUUUUUUUAGAAAUCCGAUCCAGUGGUGUCCUACAGGGAGACCGUCUCUGCAGAAUCAAGUGUGACGUGUCUCUCAAAGUCACCCAACAAGCACAACCGUCUGUUCAUGAAGGCCCGUCCCUUCGAAGAUGGUCUGGCAGAGGACAUCGAGAAGGGUGAUGUUACCGCUCGUCAGGAGAUGAAGACCCGUGCCCGCUAUCUUGCUGAGAAGUUUGAGUGGGAUGUCGGUGAGGCCAGAAAGAUCUGGUGCUUUGGACCCGAUGGAACUGGCCCUAAUCUGCUGGUGGACGUAACCAAGGGAGUGCAGUACCUGAAUGAGAUCAAGGACAGCGUUGUGGCUGGUUUCCAGUGGGCUGUCAAGGAGGUAAGCAGGCAAAUUAAGAAAUACUGUUCAAUACACUCUUAAUGAAUUUUUUUUUCUUGCGAUUCGGAAAUCAGUUUGUGGACAAAUGUGUAUUCAACGUAUGUUUUCCUCUGGCAGAGUUGAGAGUGAGUCAUAGUUUGCCAAGUGAACUUUGUUCGUGGCAGCCAUGAGUAACAUUAAGAGUUAAGUUCAACUAACUGAUACAAUAUCAGUUAAGUUGCUAGGAAGUUGGCACUCCCAAUUGUAAUGGUGUUUUCACAGUUUCUACUAAGAAUAUACCAAUUUGACAAUGGUCACACGUCUUUGUUGGAAUUCCAAAGGAAAUGCACAAGCUACCAGCUCCAUGUGAAACACUAAACUGAAUACAAUAUCAGUAAUUGAAUUUCCCAUUUUAUCAUCCAGUUCAGUGGUAAAUCUUUUUAAGAUUGUAAGUACAGGUUGAGUACUUUAACUUUUAGGUUGUGCAUUUGGAAUGCAAAUAUGCGUGUCAAUUAUAGAUUAGAUCCCAGUGCUAAUUUGUAUGACAACUUCUACUCAGAACAGCUUUUCUCCUUGUCUGGAUUGUUAAUGAAAACAAGAUGUCUUUUUGUGUACAAGAACUUCAACAAUCUCCAUUAACUUAGCUGCUUAUGAAUGCAUACAUAUCUCUUACUUGGUAUAGUCUGUAUUUUUUCCUAUUAUUCUCUGUCAUUCACAGGUCUGAGCCCUUAUCAGUUUUUCUCCCCUUUAGGUCUUUGUGUGUUUUUCUACAUGGUGACCAGUGGAUGGACUUGUGUUUUAUAUAUUUAAACAAGAUUGUGUCAAAUUUGUCUUCUAGGGUGUCCUCUGUGAAGAAAACAUGAGAGCCAUCCGCUUUGACAUCCAUGAUGUGACACUGCACACAGAUGCCAUUCACCGUGGUGGUGGUCAGAUCAUUCCCACAGCUCGUAGAGCUCUGUACGCAUGUGAGCUCACAGCUGAGCCAAGACUCAUGGAGCCCGUCUAUCUGGUGGAGAUUCAGGUCAGUGCAGGUGGAGGUGUGAUCCAUCCUAACCCCCAAGGAUUGUAGUAGCGCAGUUCAUUUUCUUAUUCUGGCAAACAUUUCCUUCUUAUUUCUGACUUUGCUGUCAUUUUAAUUAUAUGGGUGUUCUUUCUGCCUCGCAGUGUCCUGAGACUGCUAUUGGUGGAAUCUACGGUGUGCUGAACAGGAGGCGUGGUCACGUGUUUGAGGAAAGCAAUGUUAUGGGAACACCCAUGUAUAUCACCAAGGCAUACCUGCCUGUCAUGGAGUCCUUCGGUAGGUUUUUUUUUUUUUUUUUUCCUUCACUAAAAGGUAUCUAAGUAGAAGAGCUGGUGUAGUUAAGUGAGGAUCCUGUCAUACAUUGGUAAGUUGUUGUAUUGGUUUUGAAGACACUUUGUAACAAAGUUAUAGAAGACAGGCUGUUCUGAUUAGUGAUUAAUUUAAAAUCUAAGGAGAUGUGAGGGCCAAAGCUUUUGUCCAUAUUUAUGAAAUUACUCGAUGCCUGUGUCCCCAUUCCCACUCUUUGCAACCAGUGAUGCUAUUACCAUGUGUAUGUGUAUUUGGCACAAAUAAAGAGGAGCUGUUUGAUCAGCAUGCUAUUAUUUCACUGACAUUAUUGCAUGUAUAUUCAUAACUUAAUAUCUAUUACCUGUAUACUUUUUAAUUUGAUUCUGUGUACUUGUGGUAUUUGAAAAAUUUAUAUUGUAGUGAUCAAAUGCGUAUUUCAUUAAUUGGUGCCAAGUAAGCUUAUUUGAGCUAGAUUGAAAAAAAAUUUUUCAAAACUCCCCUUUAUUUAAUAUUAUAUGACAGUAUUUUGUUACCAGAAUAGUUUCUUGCCAUCAGAUGAAGAGCGGCACCCCCACACCCCCUGUCAAAUAACUUCAGACAAUACUAAGUCUUUGCUUGUAUCAUUCCCAGGUUUCACAGCUGACCUUCGUUCAAACACUGGCGGCCAGGCCUUCCCACAGUGUGUGUUUGAUCACUGGCAGAUCCUCCAGGGAGACCCAAUGGACCCCUCAACCAAACCUGGUGUUGUUGUCACGGAGACACGCAAACGUAAGGGUUUGAAGGAAGGCAUUCCAGCCUUGGACAACUACCUGGACAAAAUGUAAAAGCCUUGACCCACUUGGCUCUGGCCUCAUUCCCGUUUCCAACAAAUAAGUCUACAUUGUGGGACCGGACUGUACAGAACACCAUGAGCACUAAUGUUUGCCAAAAGGAUUGACAAUAAUGAAUAAAGUACCACAAAAAUUGUAAACAAUAAAAGAAAAUAAAAACUACAAUGGUUCAAGUUUGAUGAUUCUGAAUCUUUGUGGGGAUGAUCACCUGGGGGCCACGUCAGUCUUGGUGUAACACAACGGUUGAAGAAUCAUCUGGUUAAUUUUUAUAUAUAUGUAUAUGAUAUCCUGACUGUGGAGGACAAAAGGAGACAAUGAAAUAUAUAAAUAUGUCUUUGAAUAGAAAUGUAAAUGUGUCAAUAAUGAAAAUAGGAAUUAAAUACACGUGUCAUUGAUUCAUUAAAAUACCUGCUCAUUUCUUGUAAAAUGUUUAAUUUCCAUUUUAAUUAAUGAAACAUUUAAGCAUUUAUUUAAAGGUGUAUUUUAUGAAUUUCACUGUCUACUUUCAUCCUCCAUACCUGACAGGGAUUGGGUUUCAGCAAUGAUCGCAUCUCCAGUUUAGAUGAGGUGUAACAGGCAGGGUUGGUCUUUUGAUUGUAAAUGACAAAGUUGUCCUUCACUAAUAAGGAAAGGUGGAUUUCUGGAAGAAAUAAGUCCAGAAUUUCUCUAAUUCUGUACAUUAACCCAUGGGUAUGAUAUCUGUUGUGUAUAAACUUUCUUUCAUGGGUGACCAACAUCAAUAUUGAUUACAAGAUAGGGGAUAGUACCUUCAAGAUAUAGUCAUGACAAUACAUAUUGAGCAAACAACUUUUUUAUGACAUACUCUGCUUGUGUAUUAAAUGACAACAUUAGUCGCUGAGUAGAAAAUAUUUAAAAACUUACCGUCUGCCGCAAAACAGCCUUGUGACUGCAAAAAAAGUUCAAGCUUUCCAAGUGAAUUGGAAGAGUUUAAAAAUAAAAAUAAAAACUUACAUAAGCUUCAGUUACAUGACACGCCAAAUAUAGGUCUUUUCUCAGUCCCCUUUAUCUUUAUUGAUUCCUGAGGGGGGGCAUAUUUUACUUUCCCUGUCCCCACCUACUGGAUUAAAAGGUAAAUAUUCAGUACUUGUCAUAUGUCUCUGCAAUCAACUCGCUCCCUUCCACUCUGAUGUACAUUUGGUCAUUUGUCAUUGAUAUUAUACUGUACUUCCCUGAAUCAUCUGUUCCUCUGCCAGUGUGUUUGUGUGUCUUUGCAUUUGAGUACAAGCCUUUCACCUGCUAUCUGUACUUUAAUUCUCAUACCCAUCUGUAUGUUCGCCCAACAAAACUGUAAUCCUUAUUUCUGAAAUUAAAUUUUGUUUUAUCUUGCA